CCCACCUGCACCUGCCCCGGGGUGGUCCUGCGGGUCAGAGACACACUGUGCAGCAGCAGAGAGGAGAGGAGGGGUCCCACUGUCAGCAUGGAGGAGUCUGACUUGCUGAAGGAGAGGCUCCAGGCUAUCACUGAGAAGCACCGCAUUCAGGAAGACAUUAGACAGAAGAAACUGGAACUGGACCGAGAGAAACUGAAACUACAGCAUCUAAAGAAAAAAGGUCUGAGAGAGCGGUGGCUUCUGCAGGACUCAGUUUCCCACAAUGCAACAGACUCUUCACAGCAACAGAGCCUUGUGUCUGACCAGCAACAGACCAGGCUGCUGCAGCUCAACAUCCACAGGAUAGAGAUGGAGGUGGAGUUUCUGGAGCGGGAGGAGUCCAUGAUUUCCGCCAACGAGAUUUUCAUCCUCGACAGGCUGAAGGCUGUGGAGAAAAGCCCAGAGGAAAUUAUUAAGGAGGCCCAUGAAAACUUUGCCCCUGAACCAUUACGGGUCGCCACAGUGAUCCCCGAUGUCCCAGAAUCCCUGUCUCCACCAGCCAAUAAUCACAUGGGGAAAAACGCAGCAAGAAAGACUCUGUUUGCCAUGGAGAUCAACGUGACCAAAAACCUGCUGACUGGGAAGAGCACCGUCCUUUCUACAGCAACUGUCCCCCCCGAGGAGUUAAACCAACACACCGGGCUCAAGGUUUACGAUGACGGCAGGAAGUGUGUUUAUGCACUGAAUUUAGAAGAGGAGUCACGUGACAGAACCUCUGUAUCUGAGCUGUCGGCCAGCGAAGUGGAACAGCUGCUGAGAAGCGCCACAGUGCAUCGUCAAGUAAACUUUCAAAACUACCACCAGAAUCCCAGCAGGAGGGAGGAGCGCUGUUUCUACACCCACCAAGAUGAAAGAGACAGAGUGGAGAGGUGUGACGUCAGUAACCAUGGAGGACACUAUGGUAACCAUGUCCCCAGGAACAACGCAGCACAGGAAGACCCUGGCUGCAUGCAGAGAAAACUCCAGGAUGAGCACCGCCAUGGUCACCAGGAGCGCCUUCACAGGAGGCAGGAAGUGAGACUUAACCAAAGCAACCUGAGGGACGGUAAUGGCUUUGGAAACCACAAGGGGGUGGGUCCUCACUAUGGUAACCAGAAAGAUCAUCACCACAGUUCUCACCAGGUGAGAAAGUGUCACAGUGUUCAGGAGGGUCGGCCUCCAAGUCACCAAAGCAGCACUGUCAUCAGGAACAGUAGGAUAAAUGGAGUCAAUGGAUCCAAUGGCUGUCCUCCUCCCAGAUCACAUGACCAGGAAGCAGUGUCGGCAUACCAACCUCAGCUCUGCUACACUCCAUUAAAUCAUAUCCCUCUUAAAGAUUACAUUUCUGUUGAUGAAGAAGAACUUUAUUGUUACAACCCACCCUUGUACCACUCUGUUCGGUACAGUGGCCCCGCCCCCUCUGACAGAGUGCCCUCCCCCCUCUACCGAGAUGACACCCCUUACACCAUCCUCAAUGCCAUGGAGCCCACCGAGCCAAUCACAGCCAUCUUCAUGGGCUUCCAGACGGCGCAGGAUGACAGUGGGCAGGGUCAGGAGUUUGAUGGCUCUCUGAAGGCCGAGCUGGUCAUCAUCGAGGACACCGAAGACGAUGGUAAGCACAGCAAUGUGAAGGAGAAGAAGAGCCACGCCCAGCCGGGUGUCAGCCACUAUUCAACAGGAAGUGCAGCCAAUGGAAGAGUGGGAUGUGAGGAGGGAUUUGGAGGCAGACGGACAGAGAGACGGGUGGAACCAGGUAUCAAAAGGAUCCCGAAAAAACAUAAAACCUGCUGUACUGUCUGCUAACUGGACUAACUCAUGCAUGUGUGUCCGACACUGACUCUAACUGCACAGACUAAUUCAUUUCAUAUGGUGAUGCUUAAAACUGACUAAGCUGUUGAGGUAGACUGAGAAUAAGGUUGGAUGUUAGAACUCACUGACUGAAGCCGCUGCUGCUUUUAUGAAACGCUACAUCUGAAAUCAACACACAUGGGUAACUAGUUAGAUCUACAACUUGUUGAUAAACUACUUGGAUCUAGUCCCCGUAUGUUUUAAAUGUACACAUUCUUAAAGUUCUAUGACUUAUUUAAGGAGAGAACGUUUUAUCAAACGACUGCAUGUACGCUGCAGCUCUAUGGACAUGAAUAACCUGUAGUUUAGUCUGACUGCUCUCACCAGUGAGAACACACUGAUAACCCCUCUGUAAACUACCUACAGCAGACGCACACUUAGCAGCCAAAGAAGCUGAUGUUUUCAUGAGCUGGUGGAGACCAAAACAGAGGGAAUGUUGGAUUUGAAUGCAUGAGGUGGACACAACCACACCAUCAAAUCAAUGCAUGUGUUGCUACAUCGGUCCUGGGCAGCUUGUGUGAGAGAUCUGCCUUCAGGUGGCAAAAGGAUUAACAGCUUAAAAGCAAAAGCCUAAUCAAAAAUGUGUCAUUUUAAUCUUGAGCAGAGAACGUGCUAUGGUCAGGGCCCAUUUUCACUGUAGAAAUCAAAUCUAAUGGAAAUUCUUAGACCCUUUACCCUUCAAGUGAAGUCUAAAUGAAUAUGUGCAGCACAAAAUGAAAAGUGGUAACUGCUUUCAGUGUUUGAUGAGAUACUUACACUGAUGAAAUGAAUGAUACAGAUCUAGCUGAUAAACCGAUCGUGCUCAGGGUUAGAUUCAGCUGUACUGCUCUCCUCUGGCUCCCUCUGCUGGUUUCAAGGUGGUUAGGUCAGCUAGUUCAAAAUAAUGAGCAGCUAUAAAAUCUCAAAACCUAUGUAUCAGCUACAAUGACUUUUAUUUUUUAUGAUGGGCUCAAUGAUAUUAUAAGGGCUAUAGUAAUAUUGUAUAGUGCUGUUGAUUAUAUUCAGUUUUACAGUGUUUUCCAAAGUAGGUUUCAGAGAGAGUUAGUCCUUCCCUGAGAAAUAAAAGUACUUCACAUAUUUCAGUUGAGUACUAUCACUCCUAGAUGCUAAUCCAGAAUAGUUCUGAUCGAUUAUGAAGCACAUCAGACUCAUACAAAAUGAGAUCUCCAUUAAAUGGGAUCUGAAUGUGACAUGUCACACAAAGUAAAUUGAAUCACUGUGGUGUCCAACAUGCAAUAAAACCAGUACUGAUUUUAUUACAUGUUGGACACAACAUAUGUAUAUGUUCCCAAAAUACACAGUGUAAGCUAUUUGUGUUCCAUUCACACAUGUUGAAAAUACCAGACACACUUAAUUAUUCACAGAUUGGAAAUGUAUUCAUAUUAGAACAUGUAGAAUCCAAGACUAGAAUAAAACUGAUGUUGAACUUUUUAUACUAACUUCAGAUGUUUGUACUAUGCAUUCUGUAUGUUUGACCACAGCAUGUGGACAACCAUGUGACAUGAAGCUAAUAAACCUUUGUUUACUGAU